UUCAGGGAUAUAAAAUUGCCAGGGGUCAAGGUGUGAUUCGCCCGGAAGCAUUUCAGAGUUAGUUUAUCUGCGAUUAUUUACAGACCUCAGCUCCUCACAAGUUGUGUUAUUCUUCUGCGGGCUAACGCAUCGUCUGGGGUGUGACAGAAAGCAGAGCAAUAUAAAGCAGUAGAGCCAGUGUGGGAGAAACAGCAGCGCUACAGGAGGAGUGUUUGUGCAGGCCUUCCAUCUCCGCUAUAUACUCAAGAUACAAAGCUACAGUCAUGACCUCCAUCACUCAUCAACCGAAGAGAAGCCCAGCGCUCAAGAAAGCCAAGUCUCGGCAGCAAAUCAACCACUUCACAGACGUGCAGGGGCUGCCGUGCAUUGACAAGAUCGUGAGCUCGGUUGAGGAAACCCCUGAUCCCAUCAACACCGACAUCAUCGGCAAAAUCCCAGAAUGGAUCAAUGGGAGCUUCCUGAGAAAUGGGCCUGGGAAGUUCGAGAUCGGAAACCAUAAGUUCAACCACUGGUUUGAUGGUAUGGCUCUACUGCACCAGUUCAAAAUAUCUCACGGACAGGUGACCUACAGAAGCCGCUUCCUGUCCAGUGACAGUUACCAAGCCAACAAGGAGUGCAACCGCAUUGUGGUGUCUGAGUUUGGGACGGUCACCACGCCGGACCCCUGUAAAAACUUCUUCCAACGCUUCCUGUCAAGAUUUGAGAUACCAAAGCCAACAGAUAAUGCCAAUGUCAGCUUUGUGACCUACAAAGGAGAUUAUUAUGUCAGCACGGAAACCAAUAUCAUGCACAGGGUGGAUCCUGAGACACUACACACAACCAAAAAGGUGGACUGGAGCAAAUUCAUUGCUGUGAAUGGAGCGACAGCCCACCCCCACACUGAGCCCGAUGGGACAACAUACAACAUGGGGAAUUCCUACUCCAGUAAAGGAGGACUGUACAACAUCAUCCGGGUGCCUCCAACUAAAGAAACCGAAGAUGAAACCCUGGAAAGAGCCACCGUGCUGUGCAGUAUUACCCCUGAUGACAAGAGUAACCCCUCCUACUACCACAGCUUUGCAAUGUCUGAGAACUACGUGGUGUUCAUCGAGCAGCCCAUCAAGAUGAACCUGAUGACGAUUGUAACAGGCAAGCUGAGAGGAAAGAGCAUCAGUGAAGGCUUUUCCUGGGACCCAUCCCUCAACACAGUGUUCCACUUGAUUGGCAAGACGACAGGGAAGGUGAGCUCCGUCAAGUAUCUGGCCAAGCCGUUGUCAACCUUCCACCAGAUCAACGCAUACGAGGAGGACGGCUUCUUGAUCAUCGAUAUGUGUUCUUCAGAUGAUGGACAGGCCAUCUCCAAUUACAACAUCCAGAAUCUACGAAAGUCUGGAGAAGCUCUCGAUGAGGUGUAUAACACCUUAUGUAGAGCGUUCCCGCGGCGUUUCGUGCUGCCUCUCCACGUCAACCUUGAUACACCCUAUCACCAGAACUUGAACCGGCCCAACACUCCAGCCACUGCUAUAAGAACUGAUAAGAACAAGGUGUUCUGUACCCACGAGGACCUCCACGGGGACGAUCUUGAACAAUAUGGUGGGAUGGAGUUCCCACAGAUCAACUACGGCAAGUACAACACCCAUCCCUACCGCUACUUCUACGGCUGCGGCUUCAGACACCUUGUAGGAGACUCCCUGAUCAAGAUGGACCUCAAUGGAAAAAACAUGAAGGUGUGGGAACAACCUGGUCUUUAUCCAUCUGAGCCGAUCUUCGUACCCUCCCCUGAUGCCACAGAGGAGGAUGAUGGUGUCGUCUUGUCUGUUGUCAUCACCCCAAACAAGGAGAAUAGCACAUUCCUCCUGGUUUUGGACGCCAGGACCUUUGAGGAGCUGGGCCGAGCUGAGGUGCCCGUCAACAUUCCCUAUGGUUUCCAUGGAACAUUCAAUGCCACAGCAUAGACAUGUGGGGAGGAAAUAAACGCUAAAUACUCUUCCAAGCUCACAUGAAUGGAAUUGAUGGCAAUUGAUUGUAUACAAUGUAAAUAUUCUCCUUUGACUCUUUGUUUAUAUCUUUGUACAUGCAAAUUUACGCAUGUAUGGAUGCAGUUUCCUUGUGUAUAAUGAAAAACUAUUACAGCAAUUAUAUGAAGCUGUUCUGUUCAUGUCACAUUACUUUGUUUGGCUGAUGCUCUCAUACAGAGAAACUUCCAAAAGAGAGACAACAGUAAUGCUUCAGAACGGUAAAACCUUAUUGCAGGCACCAACUUCAAAAUGCUGCUCAUUAGACAAGCUUAGACAAGCAUUAGUGACAUUGGCAGCCAUGGGUAUCCAGUGGCGAUCGAUGAGCAGUGGAGUGACAUGUGCCCUAUUAGGUUGAUUGAAGACCUGACACGCCACAGUAUCCUGGACCAUCAGUUCAGGUUUCACUGUGCAACAUGUUGGGAUUAUUGAAAA